AUGGCAGCGACAGUAUAUUGUGCAACAAAUACUGUUUUUCAUCAGCAUUCGUUAACGACGACGAGAGCACAGUUUUCACCUGUUCGACAUCGAGCAGCGUUACCAACGACAUCAUCAUUUGUUUCGACGUCUUCCAUCCUGCCACAUAUCGAUCAAUCAUUAAUUGUCAACGCAAAAAUCAGUGAUGAAAACAACAACAACAAUGACAUCUGCGAAGCUGAUGAUCAGACUCAGCACUCAAUUUCGGCAGAUAUUGAUAGAACUUCUCUGAUGAUCGAUACAAAUGAUGCAAAUCAUGAUUCAAAUGAUGCUAGACUCGACGUAGGAGAUGAUGUCGACAUAGAUGAAUUCCUAUCGCUUGUUGGUCUUCGAUCUAAAACUAAACAAGUAACUGUGCCAAAUUUGGAUCUACGACCAUUAACUCAACGAUUAGCUUCUCCCGUUUGUUUACUUCCUUUGCCGAAACAUAAUGAACGCGUCCGUCAAGCUUUAUAUAUUCGUCUACCAUUCUUGAAAUUUUUGACAACAGCAACUUGUAAUAUGGAGAUCUUUUGCUCGACAGACGCGACUGCGAAAGCUCAAAGUCUUCUACCACGUUCUACCGCGCAGACACGUGCACUCUCAUCAUUGAACCGAAGUCCGAAGAAACGAAAACUAUCCAAAACAGACUUUACCAACAUGAGUGUCGAUACGAUUCGUUAUAAAUGCAACAAAAUGUCAAUCAUGGCUCCUACUCAUCCAGCUUUCAAGUGUCGCGUUGUUCUGGAUCGCUUAGAACGAUCAACGAUUGAACAGAUUAUGAACAAUCCACUCGAAGCCAUCUCGACUUCACAUCGAUCGUUACGUCAAACAUCGCCACAAUUUCAACGUCGACUACCGUCUAUCACGCCAAUGCAAACCGAAAAGACAAUCGUGAAACGCAAGACUGUGACAACGGUAUUAAAUCAGUCUAAACGAUUGAAACAAACUGAGAAUGAUGGCGUCAUAUUACAUGAGCAGACGGCAUCGGAUACUUCGCCUUCCUUAAAAUAUCAACGUGUUUAUCUGAAGUGUUUCCUGUGUUCUAAACGUUGCUAUGUUGACGCUCAUAAAACCGAUAGUGAUGUUUUACAUACUCAUUGGCUUGAACACGGUGGAAAUUUAUUAUUGAAUAUUUACGAUUCUGAAAUAGAUUCGAUUUUAACACGUGUUGUGGAAUUUUUCCGAACACCGAAAUAUCAGUUAUUGGAAGGAAAGAUUAAAACUGUUUUUAUUCUCAAUUCCAAAGAAAUUCGACAGUCGACAACCAAAUCUCUCUCAAAUGACUCAUGUAUUGUCAUUGAUUAG